AUGGGCUUUGUCAUCCACACCCAUUGCCAGGUAGUGAGUUUCAUUCUCAACACCCUGAGGUGGAUGUUCUCCAUGAUCCGCGUGGGCAUAGCCAAGUGGCAUGCUUGGUACUUGAUGAACAGCCCCGCCCCUUUCCAGAGGCUGGCCAGCGUAGAGAUGUGGAAGGUCUGCCCUUACCAGCCCAGCAGCCUCCACAGCGGACCCCUAGUGUGUCCCCGCUACACCUACAAUGACACCUACCUGCUGCAGGAUAUCCGCAUUGCUCAGCACCUGCUACUGGUUGCCAGCCUCCUUUCACUCCUGGCGAAGGUACUCACGAUCAUGGGCCUGUGGAAAGUGUACAUGGGACAGCUUCGGAAGGACACCAAUCUGUUCUUCGUUUCCGGCAUCCUGAGAGUCAUAAGUGGUAUACUUAUCUUCAUUGUCGUGAUCUGGAACUACAACUCAGUGAUAAAUGAAGAGGGCAUGUGCUUCCCGCCAUCCUCCCACAACCCUUCCGGGCCGGACUGGCAGGAGAUCGGCAGCAGCAUGACGGUGGCGGCUCUGGCUGCAUUCCUGAUGUUGUUGAGUGGGCUGCUUACUAUCUCUUUCCAGCUGUCUCUCCGCUACCAAGUGCGCCCAGAACGCCCGGUUGCAUAG